AUUCAGAAAUUCAGCAAGAUGGAGCCCUUUCGCUUGCUUUUAACAAAUCAGAAUCGCACGUGUGUAAAAAGUGCCAAACAAUUUUUAGAAAAUGGAUGAUCGAAGCGACGUUAAUGAAGGACCUGCAGGAAUGGAACCCGAAGGUGUCAUUGAAUCUACUUGGCAUGAAGUUUACGACAACUUCGAUGAUAUGAAUUUAAGGGAAGAACUUUUGCGUGGUAUCUACGGUUAUGGUUUUGAAAAACCGUCAGCAAUUCAGCAACGGGCUAUAAUUCCCUGUGUGAAAGGCAGAGAUGUAAUUGCCCAAGCUCAGUCAGGUACCGGUAAGACAGCAACUUUUUCGAUUGCCAUCUUGCAACAGAUCGAUACGUCCAUUCGAGACUGCCAAGCAUUGAUUUUGGCUCCAACCCGCGAGUUGGCAACCCAAAUUCAACGGGUUGUUAUGGCUCUUGGCGAGUAUAUGAAAGUCCAUUCCCAUGCCUGCAUUGGCGGAACAAACGUGCGUGAAGAUGCCCGCAACUUAGAAGCUGGUUGUCAUGUUGUAGUCGGUACUCCCGGUCGUGUCUACGAUAUGAUAAAUCGCAAGGUCCUACGGACGAACAGUAUAAAGUUGUUCGUUUUGGACGAAGCUGAUGAAAUGUUGUCCCGUGGUUUUAAGGACCAAAUCCAAGACGUUUUUAAGAUGCUUCCCAAUGACGUCCAAGUCAUUCUUCUUUCUGCUACCAUGCCUCCGGAUGUAUUGGAAGUAAGCCAAUGUUUCAUGCGCGAUCCUGUUAGUAUCUUGGUAAAGAAGGAAGAACUUACCCUUGAAGGUAUUAAACAAUUUUAUGUCAACGUCAAGCAAGAAAAUUGGAAACUUGGCACAUUGUGUGAUUUGUACGACACACUUUCAAUUACCCAAUCGGUGAUUUUCUGCAACACCAGACGCAAGGUCGAUCAACUAACUGAAGAGAUGACAGCCCACAAUUUUACUGUUUCGGCAAUGCAUGGUGAUAUGGAACAACGAGAUCGUGAAUUGAUUAUGAAACAAUUUCGUUCUGGCUCGUCUCGUGUAUUGAUUACAACCGAUUUAUUGGCUCGUGGAAUUGAUGUCCAGCAAGUAUCAUUGGUUAUUAACUAUGAUUUGCCGUCAAAUAGAGAAAAUUACAUUCAUAGAAUCGGUCGUGGCGGUCGUUUUGGCCGUAAAGGUGUAGCCAUCAACUUCAUUACAGACGACGAUCGUAGAAUUCUUAAAGAUAUUGAACAAUUUUAUCAUACAACUAUUGAGGAAAUGCCCGCUAACAUCGCUGAUCUAAUUUAAACGAAAAUUUUGCGGUUUACCAAAUUUGCUCCUCAUAAAAAGUGCAGCAACAAAACAACAGAAAAUAUUUAAACCCAAUAUAAACAAACCAACUUUGAUAACCAGCCAUUUACUACAACACGAGUUGGAAAUAAAUUGUAAAAAUAAAAGCUAAGAAAACAUUGAUCUGAAAGUAUCAGAAAUAAAAACCUUCAUGUUUUUAAGAUAUUCUA